AUGAGAGAAGAAAACCAGUCUUCCACCACAGAAUUCACCCUCCUGGGAGUCACCAGGCAGCAGGGAGAGGAAGAUUUCUUCUUCAUCCUCUUCCUGUUCGUUUAUCCCAUCACGGUGAUUGGAAACACACUCAUCAUCCUAGCCAUCCUUUCUGACGCUUGCCUUCACAACCCCAUGUAUUUUUUCCUUUGCAACCUCUCCCUUGUCGACAUCUUCUUUUCAUCUGUAACCAUCCCCAAGACAUUGGCCAAUCAUCUCCUGGGUAGCAAAGCCAUCUCCUUUGGAGGCUGUCUGGCACAGAUGUAUUUCAUGAUAGCGUUGGGCAACAUAGACAGCUAUAUACUGGCUGCAAUGGCAUAUGAUCGGGCUGUGGCCAUCACCCGCCCGCUUCAUUACACAACAAUCAUGAACCCACGUAUUUGUGUCCUGUUAGUUGCUGGGUCCUGGGUGGUUGGGAAUGGCAAUGCUCUCCCACACACCCUGCUCACAGCCAAUCUGUCCUUCUGUGGCAACAAGGGAGUGGCCAACUUCUACUGUGACAUCACCCCUUUGCUCCAGCUGUCCUGUUCUGACAUCCGCUUCAACGUGAAGAUGAUGUAUCUGGGGGUGGGUGUUUUCUCUGUGCCUCUGCUCUGCAUUGUCGUCUCCUAUGUUCGGGUCUUUUCUGCAGUCUUAAGGGUUCCCUCCACUAAGGGAGUAGUCAAAGCCCUCUCCACCUGUGGGUCUCACCUGAUGGUGGUGUCUUUGUAUUAUGGGACAGUCAUGGGCAUGUAUUUCCGACCCCUGACCAGUUACAGUCUGAAGGAUUCCGUGAUAACAGUAAUGUACACGGCAGUGACCCCAAUGUUAAAUCCGUUCAUCUACAGCCUGAGAAACCGGGACAUGAAGGCAGCCCUGGAGAAACUCUUCCACAAAUCCUCCUUGUCACCCAUGUGA